UGGUCACUAACAUAAUACUAAGUAUGUACUAGGGUUGUGUAACUACUUGGAAAGCUUUAACGCCUGAAUUAGUGCCGCUCACCACUCAUUUCUCCGCAUGCAGAGUAAGUACAACUAUUCUCCUACACAAGUGGUAUACCCACCAAAACGACAUGAAACGCAUUCAGAUUUAGUGACAACUCUACUGCAAACCUGGGAUAGGGUCUUACAGGUUGCCUAUCUACAAUUUGACCCUCAGCUGAGAGGUGGGUCCCAUGCCUUCAUCAUCAUCAUCAUCAUCAUCAUCAUCAUCAUCAUCCUUUGCCCAGCUUUCCCAGCAGUCUGCAAUGAGAGGUGGUGCCCGCCAUUGAGGGGGGCUCAGCAGGCAGUUUGGAAACAUGAUUGGCUACGAUCUAAUGAGAUGUCUCAGUCUCUGGGACAAAGCCGGAUUAGCCGCGUCCGAAGGUUGGUCCGCAAAUUGCUCGUUCUCGAACCGGGGGGCACGAGCUGCAGAGUAAUUCGAGUCUAACUGAUUGUAAUAAGCUGCGUCUAAAUUUACCCUAACCGGA